AUAAAUAAUCUUUCCUUAUCCAGUUGAACACACUUCUAAAUGAAGCUGGUGCAGAACCAUUCAACCCACAGAGUUCUUUCUUCACGAUUUCAGGAACCCAGGUUAUAGGAGACAUGCUGUACAACUGCCAAGUUGGAGAAGCUAAAACACCAGCAUCUUUCCUGAAUGAUAUUUCACCUGUAUUGGGGAAUGUUCUGAUAUAUAUUCGUCUAGUUUUUAAGAAUUUGACCAAAGUACCUAGUGAGGCUGAUGUUCUCAAUGCUGCUAAUGCUCUGCUGGAUACAAAGAUCAGAAGAGCACGAGAUCUUGUAACACAAAAACUGAGUGAUCCUGUGAGCAUACAGGAUGUCACCUAUCAGAAAAUUGGCAACAACUCAUACAUUAUAAGCUUUGGAUUCCAAAUCAACAAUGUGACAAUCUCCAAGGACACUCAGCUGAGGAAUGGAACAUAUUCUUUAAUUCAAAACACCAUCAACAGCUUGCUGAACAAUAUUCUGAAUGUCAAAAAUGCUCCUGUAUUUGUCUUCCCACAAGCAAACUACACAUUUAAUGGUGCAGAAAUUGUGGCUAAUUCAGAAUACGUCUUUGUGGAAGGUGACACCAAGUGGACACCAAGUGGAUUUCUAUAUGCAGUACUCAACAUUAGCGGUCUGUCGACCAUCACUACUGCUGCUGCCCAAACAGACCCCCCUGUCCACGUAGUCCUGAGGCCCACAGUCCAAGCACAGAACACCACCACUGGUGGAAAUUUUGCAUGGAUCCUGGGCAUCAUUAUCCCCUGCAGUAUAGUCAUUAUUCUCAUACCCUGCUGGAUUCUACUCUGUUGUCUGCUCUGUGGCUGCUGUGCUGGUUUAAGGAGGCGCUACAGCAGAAGACGGUCCUACAACGUCCAAUAUGCAACCAGAAAUGGACUCUUUUAAAAACAGAUUAUGUGUAAAAUAAUGUCUUGUAUCAUUGGAAUUUAU